CCAGCGAAUUAUCAAUUAAAGCGAAAAUUGUGUCACUACUUGCGAUGGCAUUGGGAUGCGGCACACGACCAGGUGAUUAGGCAGAUCCAGAAGCUGGGACGGAACAUAUUUAGGCACUAUUAAGCGUCGUCCAAACGAAAUCCGAAAGCCGAAAAGCCAUUAUAAAAUUACGUGGCUUUAAUCGCCAACGCAGUAGCAUUGAAUAUUCAAAAACUAAAUCGAUGAGCGAAAUCGAUGCGCAACUGUCAGUCAGUCGGCUUCCAGGCUUCAAGCCCAAAGGUUUAAAAGCGAUUCGAAAGCGUUUUUGAAAGUGAUUCGGAAGCGAUUGCUGCGUCCGAUAGCCGAUAGAUAGCCUGGCGGAGGGAACAGCGUCGGAGCAAUCGAUAGCCAGGUCACAGAACCAAUGAGCCGCAUAGGUGUGAGAGAGACGGGGGCGAGCGGUACGUCCGAGCAGCUGCAGCGGGAACAGGAUAGCGACACAUCGGAACAGGCGGUGCGGAGGCAGGAACGGGAUCUCAAGGAGCUCCUCGAGUGGUUCCGGCAAAAUGACAAGCUGCCCAAGGAGAUUGAUCCGCUGCUGCUCCGACGCUUCUACCAGUGCAUGUUUGGGGACGUGGAGGAGACUCGGAAGCUAAUCGAGGUGAACUACGCCCUGCGCAACCGGCAUCCUCACCUGUUUAUCAAGAGGGAUCCUCUAGACGCGGAUAGCAAGCGCACCUUUGACUACGCGGACAUUCUACCGCUGCCUGGCCUAACUCCGGACAAAUGCAAGGUGUCGCUGUACUGCUUUCGGGACUUCGAGGCCUCCAAGAUGCACCACACGGAGGACACGCGCGCCUUCUUCAUGGUCAGCGACUGCCGGUUCGUGACGCCGGACGAUCUCGCCAACCCGGAUGUUCUGUCCGAAGGAGAGGUGCAGAUCUUUGACAUGAAGGGCACCACCAUGCGGCACAUUUCGCGGCUGACGAUCAGCACGCUGCGCGCCUACAUCAAGUUCCUCCAGCUGGCAUUUCCGGUGCGCUUGCGCGCCAUCCACAUGAUUAACUGUCCCACUUACCUGGAUAGGAUCGUCAGCGUGGUGAAGCCGUUCAUCAGCGACGAGGUCUUCAAGCUGAUCCGCUUCCACACGCAGAGCAUAAAUACGCUGUACGAGUUCGUGCCGCGGGAGAUGCUGCCGGAGGAGUACGGCGGAGGAGCCGGGUCCUUGGAAGCACUGCGGACCCAUACCCAAAAGGCCUUGGUUGAGCAUCGCGACUAUCUGAUGGACCCCGAUCACUGGGUGGUGGUGAAGCCGGAGAAGCGGAACGAGAGUUCGUGGAGAUUUUUCAAAUAAUUACCGAAACCAUCUUCCACGGUGGCAAGGAGUCUCCUUCAACUAAAGACGGUUAAAAGUAUUUGAAGUGUAUUGGGAUAAACAGUUCCUGCGGCUUGUCAUCUCCUAAAUAUCCUUUUUUUUUAAUCUGUGUUGUAAUUGCUCAAAAAUAAAUAAGUAAAAAAUG